CAUCGGAAAAUUACACAGUCUCUGUGAUAGUUGAAAAUGUGAAACCAAAAUUGAUAAGUCGAGUAUAAAAACAAAGAAGAUCCAUCUGCUGGCCAUCAUUCCGAUUUUGUUCAAUCAUGAAGGUUUUCGCAGUUCUUCUCGCUAUUGCCGCUGUUGUUGUUAAUGCUUAUCCAGGAGGUUACGGUAGACCUGCUGGAGGAUAUGGACCACCAUCCGGAGGUUACGGAGCUCCAGGAGGAUACAACAACCAAGGAGGUUUCGACGGAGGAUCCCAAUUUGGAGGUGACGGAGGCUUCCAACAAGGAGGCGGAUUCCAACAAGGAGGACAAUUCCAACAAGGAGGCUUCAACCAGGGAGGUGGAUUUGAUCAAGGACAAGGAUUCCAGGGAUAAAAGCAAUAUUAAUAGAAGUAUUUGAAUUUCGACAUGUUUAACAGUUUUGUUGGACCUUUUUUUCUUAAAUAAAUUGAUUUUGAAUGAAUAUUGAAUACCUACUUGUAAAAAAAA